AGCCGAGCCGAGCCCCCGGUCCCCCCGCCCCGUUUCCCCGCGGGGCAGAGGCGGGGCCGCGGCCGUUGGGGCCGUUGGCGCUGCCCGGAGCCGCCGCGGGACGGGCGGCCGGCGGCGGAGCGGCUAUUAACUCUGAGUUAUUUGGAUCCUGAUUCUGCAUGAAGAACAGCAUCACCAGAAAUGCUGAUGCCAGCUGAGCUUCCAACAGCAACUGGCCUUGUCAGUAGAGUUGGCUCUUAGGCCCGGAGUAGCAGACUACACUAAGCCCGCUGCAUAAUCAGACAUUCCCGUCUAUCUUCAUCUGCAGCUUCUGAGAGAAGACUUGCAUUAUCUCUUGUGUAGCUGCAAGUAUGACUUGACUGGGUUGCAUUCAUGGCUCUUGGAUGAUCUGGUGAACCAUGGAGCUCAAGGUAUGGGUGGAUGGAGUCCAGAGAAUUGUGUGUGGGGUCACCGAAGUCACAACAUGCCAGGAAGUUGUAAUAGCCCUUGCUCAAGCUAUUGGGCGCACCGGUCGCUACGCGCUGAUCGAGAAGUGGCGGGACACCGAGCGGCACCUGGCGCCCCACGAGAACCCCGUGGUGUCGCUCAACAAGUGGGGGCAGUACGCCAGCGACGUGCAGCUGAUCCUGCGCCGCACCGGGCCCUCCCUGAGCGAGAGGCCCACCUCGGACAGCGUGGCUCGCGGCCCCGAGAGGACUUUGUACCGGCAGAGCCUGCCACCCCUGGCCAAGCUGCGGCCUCCAAAUGACAAAGCCAUGAAGCGGAGGGAGCCGAAAAGGAAGUCCCUGACCUUCACUGGUGGGGCGAAGGGGCUAAUGGACAUCUUCGGUAAAAGUAAGGAGUCUGAGUUCAAGCAGAAGGUGCUCAACAACUGCAAAACGACGGCAGAAGAGCUGAAGAAGCUGAUUCACCUCCAGACAGAUAAACUGCAGUGCAUUGAGAAGCAGCUGGAGUCCAACGAGGCGGAGAUCCGGUACUGGGAGCAGAAGUACAACUCCAGUCUGGAGGAAGAAAUCCUCAAGCUAGAGCAGAAGAUCAAAAGAAACGAAGUAGAGAUCGAGGAGGAAGAGUUCUGGGAAAACGAGCUGCAGAUCGAGCAAGAGAACGAGAAACAGCUAAAGGAGCAGCUCCAGGAGAUGAGGCAGAGGAUCCUAGAAUGCGAGAGCAAGCUGAAGGACUACGUGUCGCAGAUCCACGAUAUGGAGAGUGGCCUCGAAGCGGAGAAGUUGCAUCGGGAAGUUCAAGAAUCCCAAGUGAAUGAAGAAGAGGUCAAAGAAAAGAUUGAGAAGGUGAAAGGUGAAAUUGAUAUUCAGGGCCAGCAAAGUUUACGAUUGGAAAACGGCAUCAAAGCUGUAGAAAGAUCUCUGGGCCAAGCUACCAAACGGUUACAGGACAGGGAACAAGAACUGGAGCAACUGACAAAGGAGCUGCGACAGGUCAAUCUCCAACAGUUUAUCCAGCAAACAGGAACGAAGGUCACGGUGCUGCCUGCAGACCCCAUUGAGGUGGAGGCCCCACAUGUGGAGCUCGAGAGAGAGCCAACAUUUCAGUCUGGGUCAUUGAAGCGCCCUGGCUCAUCGAGGCAGCUCCCCAGUAACCUUCGGAUUCUGCAGAAUCCCUUGUCGUCUGGUUUUAACCCGGAGGGCAUUUACGUAUGACAGUAUAUACCUCUUCUGGAGAGGACCUAGCAAGGUACCCUGGACAAGAUACACUUGUUUUAUUCUGCCAAUGAUGAAUGGAAGAAGCUUUUUUCUGUUAAGCCACCAUGUGUUUUUUUUUCUUCCUCCAACAUACCACUUGGAGCCAUACCCUGUGCACUGAUGCUAAAGAGACAGGAACUGUCUCAAUUCUUAAUUGGCAACAAUGAACUUGCUGUCACGCAGCUAGAGUGCAAAAACCUUCAUUUGUUUUUGCUACUUCAGAAGUGUUCGGGAAAGUAUUAUUCCAUGUAUAGGCGUAAAUAAAAGACUGAGGGUGAAGGAAACCAUGUAUGCAGCUGAUCUGAGGUUUAAUUUAUUCCAUUUAAUCAAUGGACGUGUGAAUGUUGACCUUUUAUAUUUUUUUAUUUUUAACUUGUGAAUAAUCAUGUAUGGUUGUACAUCCGUCUGACAAGGUGACUUUAACUUGCAUGUACAAACAUCCACCAUUUGAUCAAGUACAACAACUUGCAAUGCAGAGAGUUGUUUUGAGUGCUGAACUUUUAAGAUGGUUUCUCACCACUGACUUUGUUAAUUUCUGUUGUGGGUCGUGUGUCCUGUUCCAUCCAUUGCUACCUUUUAAGGCUUGAAAAGUGAGUCUGUGGGAUUUACUUGCUGUUGAGUCUGCCUUGAAUGAAGCACCUAGUGUUCAAAAGACUUGUGGAAUUUAAACCUUGGCUUGGUAAGAAUAUUUACAGCAUAUGAUUGAGGAUGCACUAGUUAGAUGAUAUUUUAUUAUAUAGAAUGUAUAUUUGAAAUAUUUUGCCACAUUGUAUAUGCCUUUUGAGAAAAGAACAAGUAAGAAAUUGUCUUCAUUUAUCUCACCAAAAGAGAGUAGGAGGCUUUCACUGUGUGUGAUUUUGUACUUUAUUUUUACCACUAGCCAUUACAGUGUUCUUGUUUUGCAAUAAAUCUUGCUGUUGGAGGAGAGAAAACAAAACAACACAAAUGAGCAUCCUCUUCCAGCUUUCCAGAAUUCACUUAAGUUUUGUGGAGGGAAGAAAUCUGGCAGAGUCCUGUGAAGUGAAUAGCAGAGCUUCUACUGACUUGAGCAGGGCCAGGAUUUUAUUCCAGGUCCCCAGUAAUAAAUGGUAGGCUUUAGCCCCUUUGAAAGAUGUAUUUCUACUUAGUCAGUUACAGAUCAUAAAGCUUACAAGAAGGAAAUCUGGAUUUUUUUUUAUUUUAACAACAACAAAAAAAAAGUGAUAAUAUUACAUCUUGAUGUCACUAUAAUGCAAUCAAAGCUAAGCAAAGUUUUUGACAAAAUGGCUUCUGUGCAGAAAGAAAGAUACUACCAAGUAGCAUGUUAGUUAUAGGCCUCGACAUUGAUUGAGAGUGUGCACACCAAGUUUCCAGAGAGAGUUUCUGGCAUCAGUGAGACACUUGAUAUACAUUAGGAGGCUACAACCUUGUGGAUGAGUCAGAGAAUGGGUGGGCCUUACCUAGUUGCAUUUUGAUUUCGGAUUGCUGUUUUAGUAGGAACUCAAACUAUUAUCCACACAUUUGAGUUCACCUUGACAUGACAGGACUCACAGUAUGUUCACUGCAGUAUUUAAUACUUAGGUCCCCAGCACAUAAAUGCAAAGGGUAACCCCAGACUUCAGUGGGUGGCAAAAUGACAAAACUCCUGAUGCCUUUUGUUAGGUGAGGAUUUUACCACUGGUAGGAAACUCCCAGCUUUUUGCCAUAGAAAAUGCUGAAGAAUUUUAAACUCCUAGCAUCCUCUUGUGUCAAUUUACUGAUGUGCAGAUAAAUGUUAAUUUAAAUUUCCUUCUUCUUUUUUUUUUUUUUUUUUGAAGGGGGGACUUUAAAAAAGGAACUUUUUUUAAAAGAAAAAGAAACAACAAAAAAAAAGGAAAGUCCUAGUCAUAGUGACAAAUGGAAGCUUUAUAAGAUAUAGUAGAUGAAGGACUCCUGAGUGUUUAAUGCAUUUUUCCUUUCCACUUAUUAAUAGCUUCAUAUAUUCUAAAAAUGCUGCUGUAUUUAGACUAACAGCAACAGAUAAGGCUGUGAAUAUAUAAAGGACCUUUCCAAAUGGACUCUGAAUUUUUAAUGGUUAAAUUAUCAGGUCUUUUUUUUUCCUCGUGAGUAACUGGAAAAUGAGAUGUUCCUACCCGAGUAAUCUUUGCAGUGCUCACAGAUUUUACUGUUAGUUAUCACAAUUCUGUGCUCAUGUUUACUGUGCCCAUAACUUUGUAUGAAAAAGAGAAUGUGUAUAUAUAUAAAUAUAUAUAUUAAAAAAGUGUAAAAUAUACAUAGUUUGGGGACGAUAUCUGUCCAAGGUACUUGAGCAUAUAUGCCUUACAUUCUGGGUUCAAUUUACAGAAAAAAAAUGGCCAUCUCCAGUGGAUAUCUUGCAUCUUCAGCACCUCCUCUUGACAUUAGAGAACUGAGGCACUCAGCACCUUGCAAAGUCUGGCCCGAAUUAUGCUGCAUGGGGGCACAGGGGGACACAAGGAAAAGCCUGUUGCAAUCUCAGCCUUGUACUGAGAUGAAGCAAUUUUAAGGCAGAUUAGUGUACUUACCCAGCUAGUGCUUGUGUCAUACUUUAAGUAACUGGUCCGUCUCCCACAGAUAUCAGUUUGAAGUUAUUGAACUCUUGGAUCAUAAAAGCUGCCCUCUUUUUCUGCCAGGCUGUUCUUUAGGUUGGAGAGAAGAGGAAAAGGAUUUAAAGGAAGGGGAGGAGCAGCUUUGGAGGUCUUGAGUUACAGCUUCGUAAUAGAACCUAAGAAGGAUUUUCCCAUUUAAGUUUUUUGUUUUUGUUUUUUUGUUUUUUUGUUUUAAAGGUAUCUGCUGGUUGCAGCAGCCAUUUGACAGAAGGGCCAGCCUGGAGCUGGCUCAGGAGUGACCACUGCAUCAUUGAGUGGACCCUCCAUAUCAGGGCUUUAGCAUAUGUCAAGGUGAUAUAGAAAACAUUUACAGUUUCAACCACUGUUGUUGUGGGUAAGGAGAGGCGUUCGUAUCUGAACAUUUGUGAGACAGUGACAAAUUCACAACCCCCUCUUCCCCCCCUCCUGUUGCUUAUUAAAUUUCACCCAGGUUAAAGUUUGUAGCAUUUGCACCCUCUCUGUAAAUAAACCAAAAAGAAAUGGCAUGCCCUUGCAUUAAAUGUGAAUUGAAUAAUGUAUUAGUUAUAAAAUUUCCUCACAUUAUGGUGGUAAGAGUUUUGCUUCUGAUCAACUACAGAACCUCACUCUUUCUUUACAAAAAUAGAAAAUUUCAUUUUCCGAAGUGUUUCAAACCUCCUCAUGGGGCAUUAGCAAAAAGGAAGCUACACAUGCUAAUUCUAACAAGUGCCAUAUUAUGUACUGGCCAGCAUGAUAGUUCUUUUGUUUGCUUUAAAUAGUUGAAUACACAAGCACUAUUUUCCAGUGCACAGGGAAUUUAUAUGGAGAACUCCUGUAAUUUAUUACUAAUGAUAAUUAACUGUGUUACCUCUCUCAUCUGUGAGGAUACAGUUUAUUUUCACUGGUUGUUGGGGGAAAAAGGGGAGAGUGAUUGUUUGGCAAGCCCAUAGGGUAAGGCUGAGGUAAACAUUCUAAAUGCCCAAGCAACGGAGAAAUGCAAGUCCCACUUUGAAAAGUGAGCCAGGAACCUGCCUCCCAUUACCUUUCAGUGGGACUUAGGUUCCCAAGUGCCUGAAUUGCUUCUGAAAAUGCUGAUAGCUUUGAGAUUACUUGCUUUUCUAAACCCUAGCAAGUUGGAAGAAAGUUCUUCAGCAAGAGACCUAUCACUAGCAUUAGCAAUAUGCAAACAUGUUUUCAUUGUGAAGUUAGAGGGAAAAGAUCGUUUAGUGAAAUAAAUCUCCUCUUGGGGCACUAAUUGCCUUCUUUUUAUUGUGAAGAGUAUUGCAUUAUUUUAGUGAACUGGGAUCAUAAGAGUAUGAGCAAAAUAUUGAUCUUGUCAUUUUUAGUGAGUUAUCUUGAAGCAUAUAAAUUCCUGAUGUGCAUUAACUUGAGUGAAUUGGGCCUUAAUGAUCAAUAUAAAUAACAAAACUGUAUUCAGAUAUUUUUUUCCAUAAAAUAGUCUCUAAUAGUCUGUACUGUAUUAAAAUAAGUGUUAAAGUGUUACUUUUAUAUUACACUUUUAUUUUUUUUAGAACAUUGAAACAUGCAUGUUUAUUCUAUUUGCUACAGUAUUUUAAUGUUUUGGAUGAAGGCCAUCGGUUGUAUGGAGAUGACAAAACAAUCAUUCUGUCUAUUUAUUCAGUAUUGCUGCUUAAAGUUUUCAAAAUAAAGCUUUCAAUGCCAAUAUAGUGACUAAUUGAAAGCUGUUCUAGCUCUCUUCAGACCUAUUUUCUAUGUUUAUAUAAACCUAAAGAAGUGAAACUUGGUAUAUAAACUGUUAUACCAGCGAAGAAUUGUUGCAAUAAUGUUGUGGGAAUGGUUGAGGGUAUGUGUGGUAUAUACAUAAAUACAUGCAUGCAGUGAAUGCAUUUAGGCCUUGAGUAAAUGAAGUGCUGAAGAAUGUUCAAAUCCUUUGCCAUCUUGCAAGCAACUUACAUGUGUGACCAAAUACUGGCUAAUGCAUCGUACUAGUGUGCAGUGCUUAUGAGAGACACAGCAAGUAGAUGUGGUUGUAAAGAUCUGGGGCCCUUUGAACCAAAUAUGGCUUGACCAUAUUCUUGAGAAUUCCAUAGAUGUGUUUCUGAACUGGGCCUAAAAGUGUGCUCUGAUGGAAAAAUCUUUACGUUGCAGCAAAGAUGUCUCAUUUCAAGCAUAGCCAGUACCUCUGAAGGUACCUCUGAAAAUUCAAAGAGUUCUGAGAUGGGCAGAGGGUUCUGAGAUGGUUCAAGUAUGGCCACUGUAUUUAGUAGAGGGUAUCAAAAUGCAGAGAAUAACACUCACCUUCAUGAAUAUGGUCACCCAGUGAAACUAAUGGGUCUCUAACUGGAGAGACUUGAGUUGCUGAAGCUUUAACAUUGAGAAGCAAUGCCAAUUAACUGUGAAAACAUUAAUGAGCAUUUGAUUACUGCUCUGCUUCAGUGCAGGAUAAAAAUCUGUACUAUGUGUAACUAUAUUUUGUCAUUUUAAAAAGCUUCUAUUUUUGAUUAUUCUCAUGAACAGUUGAUGAAAGAUAUUGAAUAUGCUCCCAUACAAUAAAUUCCCC